AUGUUUUGCAGGUCUGUCUGGCACCGCAAUGUUGCCGGGGUGAUGGCUGCCAUCAAAGCAGGGAAACACGAGGAGAUUCUCUUGGAACUGAACGAAACGAAGCGUCUGCGGAAAAAUGCCAAGGAUGUAGACUACUGUCGUGCCUUGUGUUUUUUGUUAGGCGAGCAUGAUGCGUUGCACGCUCGACAGGCUCUUCUAGAAGAGUUGCGCUACUUUCCUGAGAAUACCGCGGCUCGCAUGCUAUUGUACGACAUCAAUGGUAGGGUUCGUUCGUCCCUUCUCCCUCCUGCGGAGGUCACUAAGCGUGAACCCCUCUUUGCUCUACUUUGUGAUGCUCUUUUGGAUCACACAAUGCUUACAUGGACACGGCUUUAUGGUUUGUAUCGCUUGGCAAAAGAGGUAUGCUGUAGAGAUCAGAAGGGUGUUCUUAUGGAAUGCGGCGUUGCUGGAGGGGGAUCGGUGGUGCUGCUCGCAGUAGUGGCGGCACACUACGGUGGGCAUUCACGAAGGGUAUACGCCUUGGAUACUUUUGAUGGUAUGCCUGAUCCCACGACGUCUGACAUCUUGAAAGAUCUCCGUACCCCUGCGGGAGCAACUUCUUGGGGGAGUGGGACGUGCAGUGCCCUUCAAGAUAAUGUUCGACGUCUCGCCAAAAACUUUGAUGUGGAAAAACAAUUAGUUGUUGUUCCAGGCAUGUUUCAGGAAACCAUGCCCGAUGUUGUGAAGGAGAUUCACGCUGAGGGGAUUGCUAUGAUGCAUUUAGAUGCGGAUUGGUACGAGUCAACAAAGUGUGCCCUGGAACUUGCGUGGCCGGUGGUAAAAAAGGGAGGCGUGGUGCAGGUGGAUGAUUACAACUACUGGGAUGGAUGCCGAAAAGCGGUGGAUGAGUUUAUUCAAUCACGGGCGCUGGGAGGUUUGCAUGAGUCGCUGCAAAUUCAAUCAGUUGAUGGUAACGCGGUGUACUUCACAAAAAAGUGA